AACAAACCCCUACGAAUGUGCGCAACUAAACCAGAAGAACGCAACAGAAAAUAUUUGGAGUAAACAUUAAAUAAGCCAACGCGCUCUUAAGUUCAUUUUGAACCCCGAGCACAGUACUUGCUUGUGAAAGCAGAAAGCCGUCAACAUGGAGUCACGGCCCUGCGCGGUGUGGGAUGGGAUGUGGAGCCGUGUGGGAAAGGCGGCAUUUGCGGCAUUUAACCGGCUGCUGAAACGAGGGGGUUAUUUUUCAUUCCUCGGGUAAGAAGUUAACCCGUCCGUGCCUCGGACAAACUGCUGCCGUUUCUGUACGCGUCUCCAGGCUAUUUUGCUUCCUGCAAAGGCAAAACUUUUCUGCUUUUCUUCAAACUUCAGCUGUUAAAGUUACAUUUAGUAGUUGCACGAGCGCGGUGAAGCCUGCGGGAGUGCCAGCAGCUCUGUUCUGCAGAGAGGAGCGCAAUGGGGUUUUUCCUGCUAAGGGUGAAGCGACUCGUCUGCCCUAGCUUGUCAGAGGAUGUUUAACUGACAGCCCGAUCAGACCGCACCAUGGAGAAGACAGAUGCAAACGGCCAGCCACCCAAACCCGACGGGGAGAGGGAGCAGCCCCGCAGCCUCCCCUACUCUGUGGAGACGCCAUACGGCUUUCACUUGGACCUGGAUUUCCUGAAGUACGUGGAUGACAUCGAGAAAGGGAACACCAUCAGACGGGUUCACAUCCACCGGAAAGCCAAGCAGCCGAAAUUCAGCACCCUGCCCCGAAACUUCAGCCUGCCUGAGGACGGCUCCCGUGGAUGCACAUCUGCUCCCAGCAAGAGCUGGACGGCGACCUGCUCCUUCCCCCAGCGAAAGGCAUCGCUGGGGGUGGAGGAGACCCCCCAUCCCCUCCUGCCCAACGAGGCAUCCUUGCCCGCGGCCGACGAGCCGAGUUACCGGAGAAAAGCCCUUUUGGCAGAGACGCGGCGGCAGGCGGAGCUGGGAUGGCAGGAGGGUGAGCUCCGGGGGCGGCCGCAGCUACUGCGAGCCUCCAGCAUGCCCGCCGCGCUGCCGCCCAGCCAGCCCCCGCCGGGAGAUGGACGGGUGUCCUCGCCCCUCCGGCCGCCUCCCCAGCACUGCCACGACCAGAGCGGGUCCGAAAGCACAUUUCGCCCCGUGCCACAUUCACCUGGCUCCGAUGGUGUCAUGUUAAAUCUUCCCCGGGAGAUGAGCGUGGAGCAAGGUGUCUCCUUGGGGCAGAAGGAGCAUCCCGGCGGAGGCAGCCCGGGGCUGGUGCAGAUGCAGCCCCCGUGGCAGAGCCAGCAUCCCGCAGCGCCGCAGCUGCAGGUGGUGAUGGAGAGCAGAGGUGAGGAGGGCGAUGCCACCGAUGCCAGCGGUCGCUCCACCUCGGUGGGGGGCGAACCGGCAUCACCGGCUGCCCUUCAGAUCGCAGAGGAGAACACAAACCCUGGGGGAAGGGAGUUAAGUGUGAGUGAAAUUGCUCUGAACGUGCUGAAGAAAGCUGACGAGGGGAGUGGCCGGGCUGGAGAGAACAAGGAGAGCUGUGGUCCUCAGCCUCGGGAUGCUGGAGAGCCCGGCGGGGUUGCCGCGCUGAGGCAGCAGAUUGCCGCUCUGGAGGAGCAGCUGAGCAAGAAGAAAGCAGAGCUCGAGCAGAUCAGGGCAGUGCUGGAGCAGCAGGAUCAUGAGAUCAAGGAGAAGGAGAAAAGCAUUAAGUUACUGGCCAGCUCCAAAGCUCAGCUGGAAGAGAAGCUGUGCCGGCAAAACACCAUGGAGGCCAAGGCGCCGUCCAGGCGGAGCGACGGGGCUCUGCGGUGCUACGAUGCUGCGGUGAACACUGAUGUCUCGCAGGUAACCGGGGCCAAGCAAGCCUAUGAUAAAGGCAUCAACGUAAAUAUCCCAGUCUCCACCAAAUCCGUAGGAUGCAGCAUCCACAGAGCAGACAACGUGAACGUGCAGGCGAUGGAGCUGGGUGCUCGGAGAGAUCAGGGACUGGCAGACACUUGGACCGGACCGGGACGUUUUGGUGAAGCCGACAGUGAGGCUGGCCUUCAUGCACCGUGCUUCACCCAGCUGAAGAUUGAUGAGCACCUCAGCGAUGACAACCAAAAUCACAGGAACAACUACGAUACCCGGAGCCUCGCUGCUCACGCGGUGACUGCAGAAAGCUAUCGAGGAGCAAGAAUUGGCUCAAGCACAGGAGGAAACAAGGCAGGCUUUGGCGAAGAUAAACCUCGAGAUGGGCUGGAAGAGGAAAGUCCCCCUGACCAUGAGGAUCUCCCUGCUGUUGACCCCAUCGGCCAAUACGUAAAAAAAAUCCAGGAGCUUUUGCAGGAGCAGUGGCUGUGUUUGGAGCACGGCUACCCUGAGUUAGCGAGUGCUAUUAAGCAGCCGGCCUCCAAGCUCAGCUCCAUUCAGAACCAAUUAGUUAAUUCCUUAAACUCGUUGCUGUCUGCCUACUCUACGCAAGGGCCCGCGGAUAAGGAGAAUUCGAACACGCACUAUCAACAGUUGGAAAUCUCUCCAUCCACAAGUCUUAAAUCUAUCAUGAAAAAGAAAGGUUAUGGUUUCCAUGCAGGAGGCAAUGGGACCAAAAAGAAUCUUCAGUUUGUUGGGGUAAAUGGUGGCUACGAAACGACUUCAAGUGAAGACACAAGUUGCGAAGACAGCCCAUCAGACGGGGACACGGAGAGCGAGACGGAGAGAAGAGACGAUGAUUCGGAGCCCAAGCAGGCGAAAGCGGGAGGUGAAAGCGAGGGGGCUUCAUUGGGGACCUCCUUGCAGGAGAGACGUGAAGAUGAUGACCUGCAGGAGCCAUCAGCAGAAGCAGCACCUUGCACUCAGCACAAGGCUGACAGAUGUAAACCGUCUGAAGAUUUCCUUGCCAACUGCCGGCUACUCAGCAAGCACCUCUCAGAAAUCAGGACCACAAGCAACAAGCAUCUGCGGCACGUCCUAAGCACCGUCUGCCAGGAGUGGUUCCAGGUGUCGAGCCACAAGUCUUCCAGCCCAGAGGUGGUCGCAGCGUAUCUCAAGGCGCUGGGGACCAUCCAGCCCCAGCUCCUAGCAAUGGUGGUGAACCUGGCCGACAGGAAUGGCAACACGGCUCUUCACUACAGCAUUUCCCACUCCAACUUCCCGAUUGCAAAGCUUCUGCUAGACACAGGCGUCUGCCACCUGGACCUGCAGAACCGCGCCGGCUACACGGCGGUGAUGCUUACCCCGCUGGCGGCUGCUGAGACAGGCGAGGACAUGGACGUGGUGAUGAAGCUGCUGAAAGAGGGGGACGUCAACCUGCGAGCAGCCCAGGGAGGUCAGACCGCCCUGAUGCUGGGCGUCAGCCACGAGCGGGACGACAUGGUGCGAGCCCUCCUCUCCUGCCAGGCUGACGUCAACCUGCAGGACGAGGAGGGGACGACGGCCCUGAUGGUGGCCUGCCGGCAGGGCAACGCCGACAUCGUCAGGCUCCUCUUGGCCCAGCCCAGCUGCCAGGUCGCGCUGACGGACAAGGGCGGUAACUCGGCCCUGUCGCUGGCCCAGCGCGCUGCCCACGGGGACAUUGCAGCGCUCCUGCAAGCCCACGCCGAGCACAGCCCGUCCCUCUCUGCGUGACUGAGCGGGGAGAAGAAACCGGGACGGGGAGUGGGGAACAAACAGCUCCUUCUUGUAACAGUGUGCCUCGGCGGCCGGAGCCACUAUCGUGGCUUUCCAUACACACCGGGGGGUGAACCCUGUCAGCUAUCUGCAUACGGUCCCCGUGUCUAAUUCUCCUCAUUAAGCCUGCUUACACCCCCCCUAAUCUAUGCACAUAGCCACAAAUGACUCCACGCUCUCCUAUACGCUCCUCCUGGUAUAGAUUUGGCAGGUGAGUGACUGAAACAAAGGAGAAAAGCACAUUAGAAAAGCAAUACUUAGUCUUUUGUAACCUUAGAUUAUGGUUGUCCUUUUAAUCGACUAAACCGUAUCUCAUUUAACUUGUAAGUUUGUGUCCUAAUAUUUAUUAUUAGCUCUCCUGUACGUAGUGGCAGGCAGUGAUUAUUCAGUAUAUGUAACAACAAACACAAGCUGGAUGGAUUAUGUAAAGUAUAAAAUCCUAUUUAUAUUUGCUUAUGCGGGUCUGAUGUAAGAAUUAAAAAUUAAUGCUCUAGAAAAA